CGUGUACACAACUCUACGUCAUAGCAUGGUGGGCACGGUUUGGGUCGACCACCUAGCACUCAUUCAUAUCUGCUUAAAGACGAUUGUUUUUACUGCUCUGAGUCUGGUCUAUGCUUUCUACGUGCAUGGUGGCAUAAAAGUUCUUAAGCCGAAGCGUUCAGCAUUUUUGAAAGAAUUAUUUUAUUAACUUUAAGCAUAGAUCGAGUUUUGAGCGUCCAGUUGAGUCGGAUAGAAUUUUUCUCGGAGCAUCUCCAGAGGAGAACGAACUAUACCUGUCAAGCAUGGGAGCAUUUAUUUCCAUUUUGUUGGACUUGGCUACCACUGCCAUCAUCAUGAUUUUUCUUUGGUGCUUGGUUAUGUGGAUGUUUGACAGCUCACACACUGAGAAUGAAUCUUCUCCAGAAAUUUUACCAUUGCAGUCUAUGGAAGACUUACAGGAGAGAUUGCCAAUACCUGUACAGUGCCAGGAGGACCUUGAUGCCUUAGGUAGCCCUGGAACAAAUGCAUCAGUGUGUGAUAGAGAGCAGAAAUUUAACACAGGCCUCACUGAAUCUACCUGCAAGGCGACCUGUGGAUCUGAUGAUGGUGAACUACAGUCUCCUACAGUAUCCCAUAUUGAUGAUGCACAGUAUCCUAUACAGAGCCAAGAAGAUGUUGACCAGGGUGUGGACUGCAUUGCCAUCCACAGUAAUGCAGAUGCUAUUUUGGAUGAUGACAGCAGUCAGAUAGCUACGUCUGCGGCACUCACAAAUAAUGGAGGGGGUGGAGCUGGUGAGUUUCCUCAUGAAACCAGUGAAGGCACUGCUGCUUGGUUAAAACGCAAACCUCCUGAGGUUGUACAGAUACGGGGAAGGCAUUCCUUGGUUGACCAUGUUGACCAUGAAGAUGACACAUCCCAGCAAGUGAACGGGCUCAUGAGGGAAAAUCAGAGGCUGCGUGCAUUCCGGUUGUGCAGAAAAUGUAGACAACUGCCAUUUUGUUUUGUGCUUGUUCCUUGUGGUCAUCUUCUUUGCUGGCAGUGUAUCACGAGAAAGAAAUGUCCAAUCUGUGAUUGGCAGAUCAGUUCUUGGUAUCCUGCUAUAUUGCCAUAGGAUUUGAAUUUAGUAAACAACAGAAGGUUCUUUGUAACUGAACAUAUUAAAAACUGCGUUUUCCAUGACAUUCUGCCCUGGGAUCAACUGAACAUGCGGUACACUUCCUGAAGUCAUUUUCAAAUUGGUAUCUUGCCUUCUCUUUAAUGCAUAAUCUCUGUCACCACAUUGUUUUUAGAUGCAGUAGUGAUCUGUAAGCUAAAGGCAAGGAUUAGGUUGUUAAAAUCAGAUAUGUCCAACUGAAGUGUAUUAAAUCAAGAUUCACAUAAUUAGAAACUGUUCUGGGAGGUCUAAGUUGAAGGCAUGUGGGAAAAGAUUUAUAAGAUUGGAAGCAGAUGGCACUAAUGUAUAUAAUAUGUACAGCAGCUGUACAAUAACAGCAAGUUGACACUAUCAUUUUGAACCUUCUUUUCUGUAUUACUUAGCUGUGUGAAACUUUGCCAAAUUUAGCAAAAUAUCCAUUGACUUUUUAAGGAGACUAGAUAGGCCACAAUACUUCACCUGAAAGUCAAGAACCAUAACAUGUUAUAGGGUCCAUAGCAGCAACUAUUUUACAGUACAUAUAGCACAAUGAGAUUACCACCAUUUGAGUUCUAUUAUGUAUACUUCUUCUUUUUCUUGUUUUCCUUUUUGUGAAAUUUUAUUAAAUUUUUAUUCAGCAAAC